GGAAAGAUACCAUCCGGUCUUAACUGUCCUACAACUCAGUGCCCUAACUCAGAAACCAUGAAGGUCUUCCUCGCCACCAUUGUUGUUGUGCUUGCUCUGGCUCAUGGAAGCCAAGCACAGUCCACUCAAGUUGAGGAGCUGACAAAGUACUUCCAGGAUCUGUCAGCUAUGGUGACUUCCACCACUGAGCAGCUGGUGCAGAAAAUGCAGGCAGAGACCUUCAUGGAGGAUGGUAAGGCCCAACUGCAGCAGAUCCAGGAGAAACUGGCUCCCCUGGCCGAAAACAUCCAGGCCCAGCUGAAUCCUCUGGCCGAUAACGUGCAGGCUCAGCUCAAGCCUCUGGUUGACAACGUCCAGGCUCAGAUGGAAGAACUCUUCCGCAAGGUGCUUGACCAGACCAAGGCCAUCACCCAGUAAAGCAGUUGCUUUUCAACUUUACCAUCUCGGACAGAAUGAAAAUCUCCACAGGCUUACAAGUAGCCGAUGCCAGUCCGCCAAUUGAAGGAGCAGACCCAAUUUCAACCUUCUGUUUAAGUCUUUUGUAUUUGUCGCAAGACCAAUGCUGUUGACAUUCAUAGACACAGUAGAAAUCCAGAACAUGAUUAAAACUUGGAAACUGGUCC